AUGAUCUCCGUCAAGGAGCCUUCUUCAACACAAUUCAAGACCAGAAUCAUAAAAGCAGGGAAUCUGAUAUUGAGAUGUAAUUUUCGAGACUUUACCAGAGAAAGGUUUUCGUUUGAGGCAAGGGUCAAGCUGAUUACACCAACGCAAUCAGCAGGAUUUACCAGAGCGACAAAGGAUUCCACGAGCGAUCAAACUCCAAUUCCUCGGGCCCAGCUUAUUCACAAGCUUCGUAAGCACCGCAUCCUCCUCCGCCGCCGCUUGAAUCUCCUCCGGCAACUAACUCGGUGA